ACUGAAUACCGCUCUGCAUAGGUAUCCCGUUACGCCAAAACACACGCCUGACUUAAUACGCCGGAGCGUACGGCUAUUUUUAUCCAUUUCUGUCUAACUCACGUACGAACUCACAACCUUCACACACAAAAAGAAGAUGAACAUACAGUUCAUUGCGAAACAUCGAACGAUAUAAUUGUCACCUGGUGCUUUCUGUCGUAUACAUGUUUAUUGUAAUAAAUAAAAAAAUAAUAUAGUUUGAUAAACAUCACAUAUAACACAACUACAUAAUUAGUAAACUUAAACGCAUGCUUAAAUAUGAACUUUAGGUUCGGCAUUUUUAACCAUAAGUAAUUUCGGAAUUAGAACGCUUUUUAAUUUGUUAGUUGACCUAGACCUACGACUGUAUAUUAUUUAUUUCGGUGUUAUUGUGAGUAAAAAGCUCAAAGUUCACAUCAGCUGCUGGCACACAUUGCUCGAACUAGGCCAUCACUUGUUUGCAAACGAAUAAUCAUGGAAGAUAUGGAUUUAGAGAAAACCGGAAGUAAUGCGUUUAUCGAGCAAAAUAAAAAGUGCGAUUAUGAACUGUCGUGGCGGGAUUCCCUGAAACAGACUUUGGCAGCAUGUAUAGCACAUUCUUUGGUUAUACAAGUUGGGAUUAAUAUGUCUUUUAGUGCUGUACUCUUACCACAACUCCGUGAGACUGAUAGUAAUAUUAAUAUCGAUUUAUCUCAAGCAUCAUGGAUAGCUAGCAUAGUGACAGCAGCUUUACCUUUUGGAUCACUUACAAUUGGACCAUUAAUGGAUAGAUUUGGACGCAAGAAGAUGUGUUUACUAACAACUUUACCUUUCUUAAUUUCAUGGACGUUACAUAAUUUUGCUACAAAUGUUUGGUACAUCUAUAUUGCCCGAAUUGUUGCUGGCUUUGGCGCAGGUUUGAGUACAGUAGCCAUUGUUUACGUAAGUGAAAUAUCCCAUCCAAAAUACAGGCCCAUGUUGCUGACGUUUAAUAGCGUUUUUGUAACGCUAGGAAUACUGAUCACUUGUCUUCUUGGGUUCCGUCUGCAUUGGAGGUUAAUGGUAAAAAUAUUUUUUGGCAUGGUUUGCAUCACAAUGGCCUCUUUAUUCUUCAUUCCAGAGAGUCCUUAUUGGUUGAUAGUUUUUCGAAAUGAUAUAACAGAAAGUCGUAAAUCUAUGAGAUGGAUAUAUACUGACAAUAAGGUGUUUGAAGAACAAGUACAAAGAGUAUUGCGAUCUCCUCGUUCCCAAACUGAACCAAAGAACGAGACUUCACGACUGUUACAAUUAAAAGAAAAUUUAAAACUCUAUAAAGGACCAACGGUUUGGAAGCCCAUGAUUAUUUUACUAGUCACUUUCUUAUUCCAACAAUUAUCUGCGGCCUACGUCGUUAUUUUCUACGCUGUAGACAUCUUUCGCAAAAUCGGUGGUAGUUUCAAACACAUCGGCUUGAUAGAUGCAUUUGUUGCAUUGAUUCUUCUUGGCACUAUACGUUUCGUUAUGUCAAUAGUCCUCUCUAUGAUUUCUAAGAAAAUUGGAAGACGUAUCUUAAUGUUCGUUUCGGCUGUGGGAAUGGUUGUUUCUAGUUUUUCAGUCGGACUUCACAUGAAUUUCUCUUCUUCCUCGAAUGCAUCAUCACCUAUGGAGUUUUCCAAUAGAACUUUUACCGAACAACUGCCAAAUGUAUCAGAUAACACUGGUACUAUUGCUGUUAUUCUUGUAUUGACGUACAUCUGUUUUAGUUCGUUUGGUUGGUUAGUUAUACCUUGGACUCUUAUUGGUGAAUUAUUACCUGUAAAAGUCAGAGGGACACUGGGAGGGGUCAUGGUAUCUGUGGCGUAUUUAUUGAUGUUUUUCAUGGUGAAAAUAGCUCCGUUUCUAAUGGAAGCUGUUAGUUUAGGCAGUAUUUUUAUAGGUUUAAGUGUUAUUAAUGUAUUUGGUAUUAUAUUUUUGUACUUUUUCCUUCCAGAAACGUUAGGAAAAACCUUUGAAGAUAUUGCUAAAUAUUUUGAAUAAAAUUGUUAAAUUGGGAUUAAGAUAUUGUUAAAUUGAUAUUUAGAUUAAUUUUUUACUUUAUCACUAUUUUGUUGUUAUUGAUGGACAUCCCCUACGUAGGCUAAUUCACGGCGAUGGUACGUCGGAGGUUUAUAGAGAACCGGUCAUAGAAUUUUUUUGAAAAUUCCACACCUGUAAUUUUUAACCAAUCAAAACGUGUUUUUUUUUGACAAGUCACCAUGGCAACGGAUAAAUUUUAGUGAAAA